GGAUAUUGAAGGUCGCUUGGAAGGUUGCCUGACACAAAUUCUAGGAAAAAUCACAUGCCACAAAACGAACACAUUGAGCUUCAUCGCAAGCGCCAUGGGUACCGUUUUGAUUAUUUUGAAAGAAAACGGAAAAAAGAGGCUCGUGAACCUCAUGAAAGAAGUCGCAAAGCCAAGAAGCUUCGAGGACUGAAGGCGAAGAUUGCAAAUAAAGAGAGAUUCAAAGAAAAAGUGCAAAUGAAAAAAACUUUACGAAUGCACGAGCUGAAAAGAAAGAACCAAAAAGUUGACAAAGCUGGGCGAUCUGGAGAAAUACCCGCAUACCUUCUGGAUCGUGGCGAACAGAUUUCUGCAAAAGUUUUAUCUAACACCGUUAAGCAGAAAAAGGCUGAAAAAGCUGGAAAAUGGGAGGUGCCAUUACCAAAAGUGAGAAGUGUGUCUGAAGCCGAAGCAUUUAAAGUUGUGCGAACAGGAAAGUCUAAACGUAAAGCAUGGAAGCGUCUAGUUACUAAAAUGUGCUUUGUCGGUGAUACAUUCACAAGAAAACCUCCUAAAUUCGAACGUUUUAUACGGCCAAUGGGUUUACGUGUAAAGAAAGCAAAUGUCACUCAUCCGGAACUUAAAACUACUUUUCAGCUUCCUAUAAUUGGCGUAAAGAAGAAUCCAAGUUCACCUAUGUAUACUACUUUAGGUGUAAUAACCAAAGGUACAAUUAUUGAGGUAAACGUCAGUGAUCUUGGUUUGGUCACACCGAGUGGUAAAGUUGUAUGGGGUAAAUAUGCUCAAGUAACCAAUAAUCCUGAAAAUGAAGGUUGUGUAAAUGCAGUUCUUAUUGUAUAAACAUCAAUUACUUUAUUCCAAAGCCUUUUUUCAACCUCUAAUAGCUACUCAGCUUAUAUUUCUGGUUUUCAAUUCGUUAUAAUAAGAAGGAUUUCCGACUAGUUUGCUCUCAUUUUCCUCGGAUAAUUGGUACUAUUCAGUACAACUGGUUCAUUUCCACUAACUCAGACAGACUGACUUUUUUGAUGAGUAAUUGCAAUAAAUCACUGUUUCUGUAAUAACAAUGGCAACGAAGAUUUUGCUAAUGUACGUCAAAUCGUGAAUGUAAAUAAAGUCUUUUGAUGCUCAUUGUGGUUAUACAUUUUUCUAUAAAAGUUGAUUAUUCCAAUAUCCAAUAUUCAGUAUGCACCAGUUGAUUUCUUUGUGUUCGAUUCUUGUUCUUUCGUUACAGUUCCAGGUAUUUGUACAGUAAAAUGAACUCAGUAAUCAGUCGUAAUUUUCCAAAUAGAAGUCAAUAAGUUUAUAGUAUUCUAAUCAAUUUAUGUGC